AACGCAUGGUGUAACGCUGGGCUUCUUGGUGUAGCUCUGUUGCUUAUUUGGUUUGUAAAGCAGAUUUGGGCUGGCUAUGUGGCCUUCAACUUAGCCACACACGCGACAGUAGAACAAAACAAAUUUCAUCAUUCCUCCUACAAAUUCUUGAUUCCUUCCUGCUCUGAAACUGCGAAGCGGUGGAAAUUGAUUUCUCCUAGAAGAUUCAUUUGUUUGGUGCACCGCUCGGAUAACAAUUGCUAGCAUUUAAGCAAUAUCGCCUCUGCAACUGCCAAAACUUCAACUAAUUUCUUUGCUUGCUCAGCUGCUGGAAAGAUUUCUAAUGUGUUGCAAAAGAGAGUCAAUUAGUUAGUGCACAAAGCCAUGUCUAUAUAUAUAUAUAGAUAUGUGUGUAUACUCUUUGUUCUGUUUCGUUUCUUGUCUUGGUUCAACUUCGUUGUUUCUCGGUUCAUAGAUUACUACCCCAAAUCCAUAAUCUGCACUUCUUUGGUGGAGCCAUGGGUGUUUUCACAACGCAGACACUUUUGGGUUCAGUUGGAGUCUCCAAACACGGAGCCACUCUUGGUGCUGUAGCUAUCAAUUGGAUUCUCAAGGAUGGUGCAGGUUGGGUUGGAAAACUGCUUUUUUCUCGGCAAGGGAAAAAAUUUGAUUAUGAUUUGAAGCAGCUUCAUUUUGCGAGUGAUCUUCUAAUGGAGUUAGGUGCUGGGGUAGAGUUGGCCACUGCAGUUGUGCCACACCUUUUUCUGCCUUUAGCUUAUGCUGCCAAUGUGGCCAAGAAUGUUGGUGCUGUCACAUCAACCUCAACUCGCACUCCAAUAUACAAAGCCUUUGCCAAAGGAGAAAACAUUGGGGAUGUUACUGCAAAGGGAGAAUGUGUUGGCAAUGUUGCCAAUCUGGUAUGCUUCUCCAACUUCAAUUGCGAUUUCCAGAAUCUUGUGUUUGCAUCGGGCCAAUUGAGAACAUAUUUUGAUGGCUGCUAUAGUGACUGUUGACACAAUUAAGUUGAUCUGCAUAUUUGUACUUCGUUUCCAGUCCUAAUAUUAUUUGGUAUGUUAAACGGCACCUCAUUGUAUAUGUUACCGCUAUUCGAUAUAAAAAUUAAGACCCCCCCCCACAAAAAAAAAAACCAAACAAAAAAAAACACAAUGUGAAAUUCAUUGGGAACCUUGUCAGCCCCAAAAAUAGUAAUGAUAACAACAAUAAUUAGAAACAAAAUAAAUAAUAAUGAUAAUAAACAUACUGAAGCGUAAUCAUGUUAUUCCUUUGUUAUUUAAGAGAGUAUUAAUGCAGUACUUAUGAACAGUUGGGGUAGUGAAACUUAUAACUGAACCAAACAUAACUACAUAAAUCUGUUAACUAAGUUGAGUUUCUAUUCUCUUACGUCACUAUAUUAAUGCCUAUAUCCAAAGUGCUUUUAAGGUCCUCCCUGAUAUAGUUUAUUGGUUAAAUGAAUGAAAUGAUCUCCAAAACUAGCAGAAAGGCACUAACCACAAAAGUGAUUUUUAUCAUUAUGGUAAGUUAUUGGCUGAAUAAGAAAGAAUAAUAAGCACUAGGAGAGCGGAAGAAAUUGAAGAGGAGAUCAACUAAUAUGCAGUCUAGAGAAUGGCAAAGGUGAGGCUAUAUGACCCCUAGAGAAAAAUCAAAGGAGGAGAUGAUAUCAACAGAGAUAUGAGUGCAGGUUCAUCUUAUUUCCUUGUUUAAUUUAUUUGAUUCAUUGGUCAAUUGGGUUGUGUUUUUCUUUUGUUUGCCUUUGGUCUUAUAUGUUGGUAUAUAACUAUAUUGUUAGCAAGUACGCAAUGAUACGUAAUGUUUUCA